AUGGCUGCAUCUUUGGAUAUAGUCAACCAAACCUUCGCGAAUGAACUUUCCAAAGGACCUCCUUUAUAUGAGAAGACACCGGUCGAAGCGCGCCAAAUCCUCGAGAGUGUACAGCAACACACCCCAGCACCUGAUAUCACCCAAGAGGAACUUGAUGUCCCCUAUGAAUCCUACAAUGUGAAGACAAUUAUCUUCAGGCCGAAAAGUGCCAAUGGCCAUCUGUCUACUAUCUUCUAUACGCACGGGGGCGGUUGGAUUCUGGGAAGCCCCACUGUUCACGGCUCUUUGAUGGAAGACCUGGCACGACAGACCGGUGCAGCUAUAGUGUUCCCAUACUAUACCCCCGCGCCGGAGAAGCAGUAUCCUACUCAAUUUGAGGAGUCAUUUGCUGUGUUGAAGUAUAUUGUUGAAAAUGGAGAAAAGUAUCAUUUGAAGACAGAGACACUUGCUUUGGCUGGUGAUAGUGUUGGCGGGCACAUGGCCAUCGCCAUGGUCCAGCUAAUCCACACCCGCAACCUACCCGUCAAGCUGUGUCAACUCAUUCUCUUUUACCCAGUUACCGACACAGCAGAGAAAAGUGAAACGUACAAGAUAUACAAAGAUGGGCCAUACCUCACUGAAAAAACGAUGGACUGGAUGAUCAGUGCCUUUUUGCCAAAUGAAGAGCAGAGGUGCAAUGCUCUUACUUCGCCGUUGAAGUAUGCAACCGACGAAGAACUAUCCAGAUUUCCGUCCACUGCUGUCUUCCUAUCUGGCGCUGACCCGCUUAUUGGAGAGGGUCGGGCAUUUGGGUUGAGGCUGCAAGCCGCUGGUGUCGAGACUGCAAUUUUGACGGCUGAUGGGCAGAUUCAUGAUUAUGUUAUGCUUGAGCCUAUUCGAGGAACGGAAACCGCCAAAGCUGUGAUUAAGCUGGCUUCCCUAUACUUGAAAAACGGAUUGGGACUGUGA